AUGGAAAACAACAUAAGUGUACUAGGGAAAGAAAAUUACCUUCAGAAAACAACUUUGUUUCAUGUUUUGCUAAUAUUUGUGUUAGGAUUUCCUUCUUUUACUCAUGGGUUUUCCAUGGAAUUCUAUGCAUUUUCAUGUCCUGGUGUAGAGUUCAUAGUUAGAGAUACUGUGAGAUCAGCAGCUUCUACUGACCCUACUAUUCCUGGGAAACUUCUGCGCUUGCUCUUUCAUGACUGUUUCGUCGAAGGUUGUGAUGCAUCAGUGCUGGUAAAAGGGGAUGGAACAGAAAGAGCAGACCCUGCAAACGCCUCUCUUGGAGGAUUUGAAGUAAUUGAAACAGCCAAAAGAGAGCUAGAAUUGUUCUGCCCUGAAACUGUUUCGUGUGCUGAUAUUCUAGCACUGGCUGCUAGAGAUGCUGUUGUCAUGUCAGGAGGACCAGAUAUACAGAUGCCAACUGGUAGACAAGAUGGAAUGGUUUCUGCGAUAUCGAACGUCAGGCCAAACAUUAUUGACACAAGUUUCACAGUGGAUGAUAUGAUUAAGAUAUUCAGCUCUAAAGGGUUGAGUUUGGCUGAUCUAGUCAUUCUAUCAGGUGCACACACAAUUGGGAUAGCUCAUUGCACAGCUUUCAGUGACCGCAUUCAAUUUGAUUCAAAGGGAAACCUCACUUCUGCUGAUUCUUCUUUAGACAAAGAUUAUGCAUCAAAGUUGGCUAAAAAGUGUGCAUCAAGCAAAUCAGCAACAGUUAACAUAGAUCCCAACACAUCCUUCUCAUUUGACAAUCAAUACUACAACAAUCUCAUAGCAAAAAGAGGACUUCUACAAACUGACUCGAUUUUGUUUGAUGACCAAAGGACAAGGAUUUUGGUUGAGCAAUUCGCUAGUGAUCUCAACACUUUCUAUGAAGCAUGGAGUGAAUCAUUUUUGAAGCUCAGCAGUAUAGGAAUUAAGGCUGAUGGCGAAGGUGAGGUUCGACAAAUUUGUUCAAGGAUAAACGGGUGAAGACUGAUCAAACUCAAAACCACUUCAUUGCUAGAAUCUCAUAGAAGUGUUUUGUAGCUCCAUUUCUGAGCAGUAGAGUCUGUAUGUAUUGCAUAUAAAUUUUCUUAAACACAAUAUCUUGAAUGAUUGUUUUCGUACAAUAUAAUUUUUUAGCUCUUCAAUGAAUAAGAUACCCAACAACA